UGUAGGAGAGGGAGGGCAGGAAUGAGUGCCAGCUAGCUUGAGCGAGUGCAGAACUAGAGUCAGAGGGAGGGGGAGGAACUGAACAACUGCGUAGGAGAGAGUGAGCGGUGCUCUUAUCUCCACGGUGCACACUGCUACAGAUCCCGGUAUCUUACUCCAGCUGCACCACGUUAGAGCGCACAGGCAAGUUUAACGCUCUUGUUUUUUGAAAAUGGAUACCAGUGGAGUGAAAGUCCUGGAGACGGCCGACGACAUCCAGGAGCGUCGGCAGCAGGUCCUUGACCGCUACCGACGCUUUAAGGAGUUGUCGGCCAUGCGCAGGCAGAAGUUGGAGGACUCCUACCGCUUCCAGUUCUUCCGCCGUGACGCAGAAGAGCUGGAGAAAUGGAUCCAAGAGAAGCUGCAGAUUGCCUCUGAUGAGAACUACAAGGACCCCAGCAACCUGCAGGGAAAGCUUCAGAAACAUCAGGCCUUUGAAGCAGAAGUACAAGCCAACGCUGGUGCCAUCAUUAAACUCGACGAGACUGGCAAUCUCAUGAUCACAGAGGGCCACUUUGCAUCCGAGACCAUCCGUAGCCGUUUGGAGGAGCUGCACCGCCUGUGGGAUCUGCUGCUGCAGAAGACCAAGGAGAAAGGAAUACGUCUGCUGCAGGCCCAGAAGCUGGUGCAGUACCUGCGUGAGUGUGAAGAUGCCCUGGACUGGAUCAGCGACAAGGAGGCAAUUGCCACGUCAGAGGAGCUGGGACAGGACUUGGAGCAUGUUGAGGUCCUGCAGAAGAAGUUUGAGGAGUUCCAGACCGACUUGGCAGCCCAUGAGGAGCGUGUGAACGAGGUGAACCAGGCUGCGGGCAAAUUGACCCAAGAGAACCACCCUGAAGCUGAGCUCAUCCUGAAGAAGCAGGAGGAAGUGAACACAGCUUGGCAGAGGCUGAAGGGCCUGGCCCAGCAGAGACAGGGCAAACUCUUCGGGGCCGCUGAGGUUCAGCGCUUCAACCGGGAUGUGGAUGAAACCAUCAGCUGGAUCAAGGAGAAGGAGCAGUUGAUGGCCUCUGACGACUUUGGCCGUGACCUGGCCAGUGUCCAGGCUCUGCUGCGCAAACAUGAGGGGCUGGAGAGGGACCUGGCAGCCCUGGAGGACAAGGUGAACACCCUGGGCGGGGAGGCGGAGCGUCUGCAGCAGACACACCCCCAAAACGCCUCCCAAAUCCACAUGAAGAGAGACGAGCUCAUCACCAACUGGGAGCAGAUCCGCACGUUGGCCGCCGAACGCCACGCCCACCUCAACGACUCCUACAGGCUGCAGCGUUUCACUGCCGACUUCCGCGACCUCACCAGCUGGGUGACGGAGAUGAAAGCUCUGAUCAACGCGGACGAGCUGGCCAACGAUGUGGCCGGGGCUGAAGCUCUGCUCGACCGCCACCAGGAACACAAGGGUGAGAUUGAUGCUCACGAGGACAGCUUUAAAGCCACAGAUGAGGCUGGACAGGCCCUGCUGAACACUGGACACUACGCCUCAGAGGAGGUUAAGGAGAAGUUGGGCAUCCUGGCUGAGGAGAAGGAGUCUCUGCUGGAGUUGUGGGAGCUGCGCAGACAGCAGUAUGAGCAGUGCAUGGAUCUGCAGCUCUUCUACAGGGACACUGAGCAGGUGGACAACUGGAUGAGCAAGCAGGAGGCUUUCCUCCUAAAUGAGGACCUGGGUGACUCACUGGACAGUGUGGAGGCUCUGCUGAAGAAACAUGAAGACUUUGAGAAAUCCCUCAGUGCCCAGGAGGAGAAGAUCACUGCCCUGGAUGAGUUUGCCACCAAGCUUAUACAAAACAACCACUAUGCCAAAGAGGACGUCGCUACCCGCAGAGAUGCACUGCUGAGCAGGCGCAAUGCUCUUCACGAGCGUGCCCAGUCCCGCCGCGCUGCCCUUGAGGACUCUUUCCACCUGCAGCAGUUCUUCCGAGACUCAGACGAGCUCAAGAGCUGGAUAAACGAGAAGAUGAAGACGGCCACUGACGAGGCCUACAAGGACCCCUCCAACCUGCAAGGUAAGGUGCAGAAGCACCAGGCCUUUGAGGCGGAGCUCUCAGCCAAUCAGAGCCGUGUUGAUGCGCUGCAGAAGUCUGGCCAGGAGCUGAUCGAUAGGAAACACUAUGCCUCUGUUGAGGUGGCUACACGCAUGGACGAGGUCAGCUCCCAGUGGAAGAAACUUCUGGAAGCCACUGAGCUUAAAGGCAUUAAGCUGCGCGAAGCCAACCAACAGCAGCAGUUCAAUCGCAAUGUGGAGGACAUUGAACUCUGGCUCUAUGAGGUCGAAGGCCACCUGGCCUCUGAUGACUACGGCAAAGACCUGACUAGCGUUCAGAACUUGCAGAAGAAACACGCUUUGCUGGAGGCUGAUGUGGCUGCCCACCAGGAUCGCAUUGAUGGCAUCACCAUCCAGGCCAGGCAGUUCCAGGAGGCAGGCCACUUCGACGCUGAUAAUAUCCGGAAGAAGCAGGAAGCUCUGGUGGCACGCUAUGAGGCCCUGAAGGAGCCCAUGGCUGCACGGAAGCAGAAGCUGUGUGACUCUCUUCGGCUGCAGCAGCUCUUCCGUGAUGUGGAGGACGAGGAGACCUGGAUCCGCGAGAAAGAGCCCAUUGCUGCCUCCACCAACAGGGGUAAAGACCUGAUUGGGGUGCAGAACCUGCUGAAGAAGCACCAGGCUUUGCAGGCUGAGAUCACUGGCCACGAGCCUCGCAUCAAGGCUGUCACUCAGAAGGGUGAGGCAAUGGUGGAUGAAGGCCACUUUGCUGGUGAGGAUGUGAAGGCCAAGCUGGGGGAGCUGAACGGGCGCUGGGAAGCCCUCAAAGGCAAAGGAGCUCAGCGCAGACAGGACCUGGAGGACUCCCUGCAGGCCCAGCAGUACUUUGCUGACGCAAACGAGGCUGAGUCCUGGAUGAGGGAGAAGGAGCCCAUCGUAGGCAGCACAGACUACGGGAAGGAUGAGGACUCCGCUGAGGCCCUGCUGAAGAAACACGAGGCACUGAUGUCCGACCUGAGCGCCUACGGCAGCAGCAUCCAGGCCUUGAAGGAACAGGCGCAGGCCUGCAGGCAACAAGUGGCUCCCACUGAUGAUGAGACGGGUAAGGAACUUGUGCUGGCCCUCUAUGACUACCAGGAGAAGAGUCCUCGCGAGGUCACCAUGAAGAAGGGAGACAUCCUCACUCUGCUCAACAGCACUAACAAGGACUGGUGGAAGGUGGAGGUGAAUGACAGGCAGGGCUUUGUGCCUGCGGCAUAUGUAAAGAAGCUGGAUCCGACGCAGUCGUCCUCCCGAGAGAACCUGCUGGAUGAGCAGGGUAGCAUUGCUCUGCGCCAGGACCAGAUCGAGAACCAGACUGCGGUCACCAAGGAGACGUGCAGUGUGUCUGUGCGCAUGAAGCAGGUGGAGGAGCUGUAUGGCACCCUGCAAGAACUGGGUGAGAAGAGGAAGGACAUGCUGGAGAAGAGCUGCAAGAAGUUCAUGCUGUUCCGCGAGGCCAACGAGCUGCAGCAGUGGAUCAACGAGAAAGAGGGCGCGCUGACCAACGAGGAGGUCGGCUCAGACCUGGAGCAGGUGGAGGUGCUUCAGAAGAAGUUUGACGAUUUCCAGAAGGAUCUUAAGGCGAAUGAGUCUCGUCUGAGGGACAUCAACAAGGUGGCAUCAGAGCUGGAAUCUGAGGGACUGAUGGCUGAGGAGGCUCCUUUAGUGCAGGCCCAGCAACAAGAGAUGCUGGGCUCUGCUCCUGGCAAGGAUGAAGCUGAUUCGAAAUCUGCAUCACCAUGGAAGUCUAUUCGCAUGGCUGUCCAAACGACGGCUAACUUUAAUACUAUUAAGGAGUUGAACAACCGCUGGAGGGCCCUGCAGCAGCUAGCUGAAGACAGGAGCAAUAUGCUGGGAAGCGCCCAUGAGGUGCAGAGGUUCCACAGGGAUGCCGAUGAGACUAAAGAGUGGAUUGAGGAAAAGAACCAGGCCCUCAACACCGACAACUAUGGCCACGACCUCGCCAGUGUACAAGCCCUACAGCGCAAGCACGAGGGCUUCGAGAGAGACCUGGCUGCACUGGGAGACAAGGUGAACUCACUGGGCGAGACUGCCGAGCGCCUCAUCCAGUCCCACCCGGAGGCCGUGGACGACAUCCAGGAGAAGUGCACCGAGCUGAACACGGCCUGGAGCAGCCUGGUGGGUCGCGCAGACCAGCGCAAGGACAAGCUGGGCAACUCCCAUGACCUUCAGCGCUUCCUCAGUGACUUCAGGGACCUGAUGUCUUGGAUCAAUGGUAUCCGAGGUCUGGUGUCUUCUGAUGAGCUGGCCAAGGAUGUGACUGGUGCUGAAGCCCUGCUGGAGAGGCACCAGGAGCACCGUACUGAGAUUGAUGCCCGCGCAGGUACCUUCCAGGCCUUUGAGCAGUUCGGGCAGCAGCUGCUGGCCCGCGGCCACUACGCCAGCCCUGAGAUCCAGCAGAAACUGGAGGCUCUGGACCGGGAGCGGGCUGACCUGGAGAAGGCCUGGGUGCAGCGCAGGAUGAUGUUGGACCAGUGCCUGGAGCUGCAGUUGUUCAACCGUGACUGUGAGCAGGCUGAGAACUGGAUGGCAGCGAGGGAGGCUUUCCUGGCCAGCGACGACAAGGGCGAUUCCCUGGACAGCGUGGAGGCGCUGAUCAAGAAGCACGAAGACUUUGACAAAGCCAUCAAUGUGCAGGAGGAGAAGAUUGCCGCACUGCAGUCCUUCGCCGACCAGCUAAUUUCUGCCGACCAUUACGCCAAACCCGAGAUCUUCAAACGCCGCAACGAGGUCUUGGACAGAUGGCGCCAUCUGAAGGCGCAGAUGAUUGAGAAGCGCUCAAAGCUGGGCGAGUCUCAGACCCUGCAGCAGUUCAGCAGAGAUGUGGAUGAGAUUGAAGCUUGGAUCAGUGAGAAAUUGCAGACAGCCACUGACGAGUCUUACAAAGACCCCACUAACAUCCAGCUGUCCAAGCUGCUGAGUAAGCACCAGAAGCACCAGGCUUUUGAGGCUGAGCUUCAUGCCAAUGCUGAUCGCAUCCGUGGCGUGAUUGAUACAGGAAACUCACUCAUCCAGAGAGGUGCAUGUGCAGGAAGUGAGGAUGCUGUCAAGUCUCGCCUGGUUGCUCUGGAUGAGCAAUGGCAGUUCCUGGUGAACAAAUCUGCAGAGAAGAGUCAGAAGCUGAAGGAGGCUAACAAGCAGCAGAACUUCAACACCGGCAUUAAGGACUUUGACUUCUGGCUGUCUGAGGUUGAAGCUCUUCUUGCUUCUGAGGAUUAUGGGAAAGAUUUGGCCUCAGUCAACAAUCUGUUGAAGAAGCACCAGCUUCUGGAGGCUGACAUCUCUGCCCACGAGGAUCGUCUGAAGGACCUGAAUGGCCAGGCUGAUAGCUUGAUGGCCAGCAAUGCCUUCGACACCUCUCAGGUCAAGGACAAACGUGAUGCUGUCAACGGUCGCUUUAGCAAAAUCAAGAGCAUGGCAGCCGGACGCCGUGCCAAGCUGAAUGAGUCGCACCGUCUGCACCAAUUUUUUAGGGACCUGGACGAUGAAGAAUCUUGGAUCAAAGAGAAGAAGUUGUUGGUGAGCUCGGAGGAUUAUGGACGUGAUUUGACAGGAGUGCAGAAUCUGAGGAAGAAGCACAAGAGACUGGAGGCAGAGCUGGGAGCCCAUGAUCCAGCCAUUCAGUCUGUGCUGGAAACUGGGAAGAAGCUGUCCGAUGACAACACCAUAGGGCAGGAGGAGAUCCAGCAGAGGUUGGCCCAGUUUGUGGAACAUUGGAAGGAGCUGAAGGACCUGGCAGCUGCCAGGGGGCAAAGGCUUGAGGAGUCUCUGGAGUAUCAGCAGUUUGUGGCGAAUGUGGAAGAGGAGGAAGCAUGGAUCAAUGAGAAGCUGAACCUGGUUGGAAGUGAGGACUACGGUGACACGCUGGCGGCCGUGCAGGGCUUGCUGAAAAAGCACGAGGCAUUUGAAACCGACUUUACUGUGCACAGGGACAGGGUAAAUGAUGUGUGUGCCAAUGGAGAUGAGCUCAUCAAGAAGGAGAACCACCAUGUGGACAACAUCACAGCCAAGAUGAAGGCCCUGCGUGGCAAGGUGUCUGAGCUGGAAAGAGCUGCUGCCCAGCGGAAAGCCAAGCUGGACGAGAACUCCGCUUUCCUGCAGUUCAACUGGAAGGCCGACGUGGUGGAGUCUUGGAUCGGUGAGAAAGAGAACAGUCUGAAGACCGACGACUAUGGUCGUGACCUUUCGUCAGUGCAGACACUGCUCACCAAGCAGGAAACGUUUGAUGCUGGGCUUCAGGCCUUCCAGCAGGAGGGCAUCACCAACAUCACGGCCCUGAAGGACCAGCUCCUAGCAGCCAAACACGUGCAGUCCAAAGCCAUUGAGGCACGCCACGCCACCCUGAUGAAACGCUGGAACCAGCUGUUGUCCAACUCGGCUGCUCGAAAGAAGAAGCUGCUUGAGGCUCAGGAGCACUUCAGGAAGGUGGAGGAUUUGUUCCUGACCUUUGCCAAGAAGGCUUCUGCCUUCAACAGCUGGUUUGAAAAUGCAGAGGAGGAUCUGACUGACCCAGUGAGGUGCAACUCGCUGGAGGAGAUCAGGGCGCUGCGGGAGGCCCACGACGCCUUCCGAUCCUCACUCAGCUCUGCCGAGGCAGACUUCAACCAGCUGGCCGAGCUGGACCGGCAGAUCAAGAGCUACCAGGUGGUGUCCAACCCAUACACCUGGUUCACUAUGGAGGCCCUGGAGGAGACCUGGAGGAAUCUGCAAAAGAUAAUCAAGGAGCGAGAGCUCGAGCUGCAGAAGGAGCAGAGGAGGCAGGAGGAGAACGAUAAGCUCAGACAGGAGUUUGCUCAGCAUGCAAACGCAUUCCACCAGUGGCUGCAGGAGACCAGGACAUAUCUUCUGGAUGGCAUAGCCUAUCGCCGGGUUAUCCGUAUCUAUCAGUAUGAAGUCGAUGAUGAUCUUUCUGGAAGGUCGUGUAUGGUUGAAGAGUCUGGAACUCUGGAAUCGCAGCUGGAGGCCACAAAGCGCAAGCACCAGGAGAUCCGCGCCAUGCGCAGCCAGCUGAAGAAGAUCGAGGACCUGGGCGCAGCCAUGGAGGAGGCACUGAUCCUGGACAACAAGUACACGGAGCACAGCACGGUGGGGCUGGCCCAGCAGUGGGACCAGCUCGACCAGCUGGGCAUGAGGAUGCAGCACAACCUAGAGCAGCAGAUCCAAGCCAGAAAUACCACAGGAGUCACUGAAGAGGCUCUAAAGGAGUUCAGCAUGAUGUUCAAGCACUUUGACAAAGAGAAAUCAGGUCGUCUGAAUCACCAGGAAUUCAAAUCGUGCUUGCGCUCCCUGGGCUAUGACCUGCCCAUGGUGGAGGAAGGAGAACCAGACCCAGAGUUUGAGUCCAUCCUAGAUACAGUGGAUCCCAACAGGGAUGGCAACGUGUCCUUGCAGGAGUACAUGGCUUUCAUGAUUAGCCGUGAGACGGAGAACGUAAAAUCAAGUGAGGAGAUCGAGAGCGCAUUCCGUGCUCUCAGCGCCGAAAAUAAGCCGUACGUCACCAAGGAGGAGCUCUACCAGAACCUGACCAAGGAGCAAGCAGACUACUGCAUUUCCCAUAUGAAACCCUACCUGGACAGCAAGGGGCGCGAGCUACCGUCAGCCUUCGACUUUGUGGAAUUCACUCGCUCGCUUUUCGUCAACUGAUCCCCGCCCCCUGCCUGCCAGUGACCAAUCGGGAUGCGUUUUGCCCUCACAAGGACACACAGCCGAACUGCAUGAAUCUGAUGUUAGAAUCUCUAUACCACCCUCUAUCUGUAUCUAGGUAUUGCUCUUACUCUUAACUAUUUAUCUCACACUUCUUUGUGCUUCACUAACACUAGUGUAGUAGACUUGUCUGCAUUUUGUGAUUGUUUUUCCUGUUUCAGUGCUUCGCUUGAUUUUAAGAAACCUAUAGAGAUAAUAUGCUGUAACACCACCCGUAAUUCUGCAGUGUGAAUUAAUAAACGCUACUGGUUAGAACUGG